AAACAGCAGUUGCUCUAAAAGUAGAGUUUCUAUCAUAGAGACUGUAUAGUUAUCUCCCCCCCCCCUCCUCUUUUUGGAGUUUGUUUCCCGGACUGACCUUGGCACAUUUUGGAGCAGGACUAAACGUUGGCACAAUGGUCAGGUAAACGAGAGGUAGUGACCUAUUUAGAAAACAAGAAAAAAGACUUUUGGACGAAAUAACUAAUUUUACCAGCUUUAUAUUGAUAACAAUCUGCAGCCACAUCUUACCGGGCAAUUAAAUCACCCUGUUGAUAUUUUGGCGCACUAAAUCAGCCUGGUGACGUCUUUACAGCGUGGUUUUUGCUUGUGGGGCUCAAGGAAAGGUUAAUGUGUCCCCCUCCAACCCUUCCACCCCCCCACCUUCUCUGACUACAUGUAAACAAAAAGCGAAUCAGCGGACUCGUAUUUUUGCAGAGUGGACACCAAUAGGAAGGAGGCAAAGUGCGGUGUUUUUCUAUCGUGCAAAGUAGCCUAAUACAGUUCAUCUUUCCCUUUGCUUAUUUUACCCAAAGGUCUAUUUUAAACUUCUAAACGUCCUUUUAAACUUUUAAAUGUAUAGUUUGCUGGAAUUCUUCUGGAGGACAUUUGAUCUUUAUAUCAUUUAAGUGAUUUUUCUUUUUAGAAUACACUAAUAUAGCUAGUCUAUAGAAAUCUUUUUAAAAACAGGUUUAUCUUAAAUAUAAAGAAUUUAAGCAAAAUAAAAUCCUCGGUUAUAUUUCUUAAGAAAUGCGCACAAAUAAUCCAGUGUGAGACCUCUUGCAAAGAGAUAACUUUAAAAAAAGAAAAAAGAAGAAGACAACCUUUAUAUCCUGGAGAGAAAAUGUUGUUGAUCAGACUACUGCCUGUUUUCCUCGUUUUCAUCACAAACACUUUUCUGCUCAGCCCGGUUCGCUCCGAUGCCUUCGGCCGGCAUAAGCGCUCCUUGGCCCGGCGCGCAGACGCUGAGCUGUCCAGGACAGCAGCAGGUGAACCCUGCUUCGUCUCUCCGUCCCGGCGGCAGCCCCGCGCCCUCUCCCCGGCGCAACACCGCCCUCCAGCGGCCCCAGUGAGAACCUCCACCACUCGGAUCUCGCCCUUCACCCUCAAAGGCGCACCAGAGGUUUGUCCCGUAGGGUGCGGGUUUGACACCGGGCUGCUGGAGGCCGAUCCGGCCGGGAGAGAGGAAGGAGGCAGGGGUGACUCUGAAGAUUUAGGAUACCCAGAUUUAUCCGAUCGGUUUCAUGAACGCAGUUACGCACACCGGGAAACGGAGCCAGUUGAUCCCGGUGAAGAUGCCCGGCGCGCGGAGGGAGUUUCUCCUGGCUCUCGCUCCAGGGUUUCCCGCAGCCUCGAAGUCAAACUUCGCAGCGAGAAAGACAACAACUCCAGGUUGGAGAAAGUUUCUCCAGAAAUCCCUGCAGCGGACGGGGUCCUCCACAGACCGAGGCAAGAUGACAGAGACGGAGACAACCAGGCGUCCGCGGGGACGCUGGAGGAUGCUGUUGCCACGGAGGACUACUUUGGAGAGGAAACAGAUGCAGACUCUUCCUUUAACAGCUGGGGCACCCCCUUACCGAGAGUGCCCCCUUCUUGGAUGACUGCCCUUUACUUUAAGGGCCACCGGGAGCAGCUGAAGGUGAAACUGGCCCAGGGAGUGGAGCUGCCACGGGACAAGUUCAGCGUGGAGCUGUGGGUGAAAGCAGAGGGCGGGCAGAGCAACCCGGCGGUCAUUGCAGGUGUGUUUGACAACUGCUCGUAUUCACUGAGCGAGAAGGGCUGGUCGGUUGGCAUUCGCACCUUGGAACCAGGCGGCACCAAAGAUGCACGGUUCUAUUUCACGCUUCGCACGGACAGAGCUGUGAAAUCCACAACCGUCUACAGCCACCAGCGGUACCGGGCUAAUGUCUGGACUCAUUUGAUGGCCUCAUACAAUGGUUACAACAUGACCCUGUAUGUAGAUGGGGCUAAGAUGGGAGAAAGCGGCCUCCAGUCUGGGGAUCUUUACAGUCCCUUCAUGCAGACUUGCAGGACUCUUUUUCUUGGCAGUAAACAGUCUGAUCUGGGUCAGAGCUUUAGAGGCCAUAUUGGAGGAGUGAUCCUGUGGGGUUAUGCUCGCUCGCAUGAGGACCUACUGAAACCACCACUUCAAAUCGACUUAAAUGAACCGGUUUUGGCCAUGUGGGCGGAUUUCUCUAAUGUGGACCGACUGUGGACUCCAUACAAAGCUGCCCUUCAUCCAAAUGUAAUCACCACUCCUGUACCAGAGCAAGAGCUUGUCUCCUCCUUCCUCCCACCAGCAUGUGGCCUGACAAGUUGCGACAACACAGACAUCAUCUCUGGCUACAAUAACAACUGGCAGCUUCGCACCCCCAAACACAUUCGCUACCGCAUUGUCAAUCUCUCAGACGAUGACGGUGGGAAUCCAACUGUGACACCAGCCCAGAUCCAGGCCCAGCAUCAGGCUCUAAAUGAGGCCUUUCGGCCUUACAACAUCACCCUGGAGCUAAGUGUCCACAAUGUGAAAAACUCCAGCCUUCGAAAGAGAUUCAUUCUUAGUAACUGUCGAAUUGGAAAGAUUGGGAACCGGCAGUGUGACGCCGAAUGUGACCACCCAAGGACCGGCCAUGAUGGAGGUGACUGCCUCAGGCUAGGGCACUGUUAUAACUGGAAAAGACAGGAUGGGGUUUGUGACAUGGAGUGCAACACCAUUCACUAUGACUACGAUGAUGGGGACUGCUGUGAUCCAGACGUCACAGAUGUCCUUAAGACCUGCUUUGAUCCUGAAUCUCCUUACAGGGCUUAUAUGAGUGUGAAAGAACUAAAGGAUGAGUUAAACCUGAGCGGCAGCGACACACUCAAUGUGUUUUUUGCCAGCAACUCUGUACGAGAAGACCUGGCAGGAGCAGCAACUUGGCCAUGGGCAAAGGAGGCCCUCACACACCAAGGUGGGAUGGUCCUCAACCCAUCCUACUUUGGUACUACGGGCCACCAGAACACAAUGAUCCAUGAGAUGGGGCACAUAUUUGGACUGUACCAUGUCUUUAAAGGGGUGAAUGAGAGGGAAUCCUGUGAUGACCCGUGUCAGGAAACAACCCCAUCAAUGGAGACAGGAGAUCUGUGUGCUGACACAGCACCAACCAUCAAAUCUAAAGCCUGCCAGGACCCCGAAGCGUAUAACGACUCCUGUGGAUUCACUAUCUACCGUAACACGCCAUACCGCAAUUACAUGAGUUACACAGAUGACAACUGUACAAACCACUUUACACCCAAUCAAGUUGCCAGGAUGCAUUGUUAUCUUGACUUGGUCUACCAGAAGUGGCUGACAGAAAGUCACCCUGCCCCUGUUCCACUUCCCCCGAUAGUCACUGGACAAAGUACUAACUCUGUUUCCAUAUAUUGGCUCCCACCCAUGAGAGGGUCCCUUUUUCGAAGUUCCCCAUUUGAUGUGUCUGGCAUUGACUGUGGAGACUGCGAGAAAGACGGUGUUUUCCACCAGUAUGCCUUUCAGGCUUCCUCACCCCGUAUCUGUGACACAUCAGGCUACUGGACACCCGAAGAGGCAGUAGGGCCGCCUGAUGUGGAACAAGCUUGUGAACACAGUUUGCAGGCCUGGAGUCCUGAGCUCAUUCUCUAUGACACCAACGUGACAUCACCAUGCCCCGAAACAGAGGGCUGCACCCUAACUCUACACUUCCUGCACCCUGUCAUUCCACACAGACUCACACUUUGGGUAACCUAUAUCUCUGCAAACAACCCUGCUAUAGCCGAUGUUGAGCUGAUUACUGAUGCUGGGAACAGCAUUAACCUUGGGCCACAGCAUGUCUACUGUGACAUACCCCUGACGUUGCGGCUCGAAACCAACAACAUGGCAAUAUCUGCUAUUAAACUCUGCACCUUUGAUGAGAAAAUGGAGAUCGACGCAGCCAUGUUGUCUUCAGGCCCAGGCAGCCCUCUUUGUUCCGGUUGCCAACCUGUGCUGUACCGAGUUCAGCGUCAGCCAGCAUUUACCAGCAAAUCCCCUCCGCCUCAGAUGGAGCAAACGUUCACCGACAGCUCUGUUAUUCAGGGAGUGAAGUACCAGUACAGGAUCCAGGUGGAAACAGGCCAUCUCCUCAGCUUCCCCUCUCCGCCUCUUGUCUACACACAUGGACAGACCUACUGUGGGGACGGUGUCAUACAGGGAACAGAAGAGUGUGACGACAGCAAUCUGUUAGAUGGUGAUGGCUGCUCUAAGAAAUGCCACAAGGAGACGGGCUUCAAUUGUCAUGGUGAACCUAGUCAGUGUUAUGUCUUUGACGGUGACGGUGUGUGUGAAGAAUUUGAGCGGGGCUCAAGCGUGCAAGACUGUGGUUACUUCACACCUUUAGGCUACACAGAUCAGUGGGCAUCCAGUGCCUCGGCUUCCCACCAGGACCCCAACCUCUGCCCUGCUCAAGCUGCCACAGGGGAGCCAUCCUUUCCAAAGCUUUGUAGUUUUCAGCACCUGGAGUUGAGCGACAUGCGCUCUGAUGCAUGGUUCCCGUGCACCGCCCAGUCUGACACAAAUAAUGGACUGGAACAUUCUUACUGGAUAAAGUUGGGCUUCCUCCAUCCUGGCGUGGCAGCUACUGUGAUGGUUUACUUGGCCUCAGAUGGUUCAUGGUCUGGGGAGCCAUGGAGGAGAACAGUCACCAUCCUCCUGUCUGACACCACUGGCAAGAAUCACUCACUAGGGACACAUGUCCUCUCAUGCUAUAGGAACCCGCUGGUGGUGAAUGUGACCCACGAUCUCUCCCAGCCCUUCUUUCCUACAUCAGCUGUUAUCCUCCUCUUCUCGUCCCCCUAUGUGGCAGUGAGAGCAGUGGCCCUGAGGACUUCCUGCCACUUCAGCACCUUCGCCCUCACCGGUUGUCUGCAGCAGCCUUGCCAGAUUGACAGCUGCAGUCCUCCACAGAUAAAGCACGCUUCCAUCAGAUGUACUGGAGGAGGGGAAGCCUCCCGUUGCUCUGUGAAGUGUCACCGUGGUUACAGUAUCACUGUUCUCAGUGGCAGGGGGACUCAUCCAUAUCAGAGAACGAUCGAGCUGGAUUGUUUACAUGGUUCUUGGGAUCGUGUCGUCAGUUGUGAGCCUCUGGACUGUGGAUUCCCUGAUCAGUCUCAUGUGUACCAUGCCAUUUUUAGCUGCCCUUGGGGAACCACUUUUGCCAAACAGUGUUCCUUUACCUGUGGCUCCCCGGCCAUAUUACAAGGUGACAGUGAUAGGCUAACGUGUUUGGAAGAUGGUCUGUGGUCUUUCCCAGAGGCCUACUGCAAGAUCGAGUGCCCUGAAGCUCCAAACAUUCCCAGUUCCAGACUGCUCACAGCAGACUGUCUGGCUUCAGGACACGAUGUCGGGUCCUUCUGUCGCUACAGAUGCAGCACAGGCUUCUACGUGCGGGGGAGUCUUAAAAAGAAGAAGCCAAGGAAAUACUUUAAAUUAGAGUGCCUGGAGGAUGGUCAGUGGGAGGAAAAUGGCUGUGAGCCAAUAUCCUGCCCAGCCCUGCCAGAUGUGUUCCAGGGCAUGUACACCUGCACUAACGGCCUUCACUACAACAGCCGCUGCACCCUGCAGUGCCCCGAAGCCACCGAAAAUAGGGAAAUUCGCUGCAAUAAGGAUGGUAAAUGGACAGCAGAGUUCACCAUGUGCUCCAAGCUCCAGGGUUCAUGCUCUGCUCCCUCCAAUCUUAACUAUGUUGAAUACAGCUGUGACCAGGACAUGAAUAUUGGUGAUGUGUGCUACCCAUCAUGUGUUGUGGCCCUAAACAUGGAUCUGCAUGACCCAGUGGUUCUAUCCAAUGGAACUACACCUGGAACUCUGAAGCACUGGAUGCUGCCCACCACAGUACAGAGCAUAAUUUGCACCGGGAAGAUGAACUGGUAUCCUGACCCUGAAAACAUCCACUGUAUCCAGUCAUGUGAGCCUUUUGGAGGGGACGGCUGGUGUGACACCAUCAACAACAGGGCCUACUGCCAGUAUGAUGGAGGAGACUGCUGCCCGUCCACUCUCUCCACCAAAAAGGUCAUCCAGUUUGGAGCGGACUGCAGUGAGGACGAGUGCACUUGCCGUGAUCCAGAUGCGGAAGAGAACAAAAGCAAAGUGAAACCCUUGGACUGAAGAGGAGGAACUGGAGGAAGAGGAAUGCAAAAAAUUAAGACAGGAAGGGAAUCUGAACUUGUCUUAAGCAAAAGUUCGAAUCACAUGCCGUUCACCACAGCAACUAGUAAAUAUCAGAUGUGUAACAUUUCUUAAUACCAAUAUUGUGACUAACGACAGACUUAUACCAUAAAAAGCCAGUUGUUUUUCAUUCCCGCAUAGUUUGUCCUUCAUUUCCUUCCUAGCUAACUUCUUUUGUUCCUAGCUAAGACCUAAAAGGUCAUCUUUAAUGAAAAAUUUGAAAGCUUUUUGGAGUUUGGACCCUACCAAGUCUUCUUCAGAAAUAGAAAUCAUCAUAAUUUCAUUAAAUUUCUGUUCCAAAUGGGCUCAAGUAGUUUUCCAGACCUAAUUAAUCUAAUUAAAAGGGUCAUAGAACCUUCCUGUCCUUAUUGCUGAAGAGAAACGUGUAUAGACUAACAUGUAUAGAUAAAGUAUCUGCAUCAUCCAGUAUAUCCAUAGGCCACCUCUUAGCGAAACGUGUCAUUAUUAUAUUUAUAUCACAGCUCAAGUGUGUUAUUGUGCUACUGUAACAUGCAGCAAUGCUUCCCUGAGCAACAGUGCAUGGAAGUUUUUUUUUAAGUUGCUCAAAUGUGACAGUUAUGCUUAAAUAUAAAUGAUCAUUGUGCAAUUUCAAAUAUUGACUGUAAAUACAAGUAUUAUUCUCUCUAUAUCAGCACCACUAAAACAAUUCUGCACAUAUGAUAAAAUUGUGAUGAAGUGUAGGAAAAACAGUUUAUUCAUUCAACACAGACUUCAUGAGUGUAAUAGAGAGUCAGUGAAACAAUAUGAUGGAAUACCAUACCAGAAUCAAUCAAAGUAUAUGGUGAUAUUUUACUGUAAUUUGUAAUCUAUAUAAUAAAUUACAACUUUGUAUA